UGUCUCCCAACCGGCAGCAUCGUCCAUUGACGCCUCGGAGAUCCCUCUCCCGCAAAUCCGGCGACCGGCGACAUCAAGGCGGCCAUGGGGCGGUGGACCGGCGUCGUCCACGUCCCGCUCUCCCAAGGCGCCCCCCUCUUCCGCGUCGCCGCCUCGCUCAUACUCGCGCCCUCCAAAGCCCUCGCCGUUCCACGCGCAAACGCGAUCCUCUUCACGGGCGACCGCGUCCCCGGCACCGGCGAGCCGGCGAUCGAGCGGCUGUCGGACGCCGCCUACCUCGCCAAGCUCCUCGCUGGGAAGCUCGCCGGGGAAGCCAACGCGUGGGUGGUCGAUGCCGCUUGCUUUGCCGGGCCGUUUGCGGUCUACCGAGAGCUUGUGCCGGCCGUGGACACCGUUGGCGACCCUGAGCGGUAUGACCCCACUGGCCUACCGGCGGCGGCUGGCGUUGCCAACAUCUUGGCACAUUGUAUUCGGGAGGGAUCCCUGGAUAUUCUAAAGGCAGUUUCCCAGUUUUACAGGUUAAGAUUUCCUCAGAUUCAGUGUUUCUGUUUGUAGCAUUACCAAGUAGAUAAAUUUCACUUCUGUGAAAAAUAUUCUGAAACUUGACAUCUGCUCAAACAGACACAGUAAAAGUUUAAGGUUUCUUGCCUUCUCUAAGUCAUCGUGGAACUGAAGGGUAUUACCAUAUGCAUAUUACGGAAUGGCUACUCCCUCGGGCGCAAUAUGUUUAACUAAGCCAGUGAUAAGAUUAUUUUCAACAGGUCUAGUGAUCAUAAUUGACAAAGCAUCAGAAGCCAGGUCAAAACAGCAAAUGUGACUAUGGAUCAAAUAAGUGUGUCUAAAGAUGAUGAAUCUAGUUAUGGUGAUUAAUGCCCUCGUAUCAGAUCCACCUUUUCACUACUUUUUGUGCCGACAUUACUGCGUAUUUGUGACAAGCUGCUGCAGUGCACUUUCAUUCUCUCAGGGCAUAUUUGUUUUGCAGAAUUAGAUACUCCCUCCAUUUCUUUUUACUCUGCAUAUAAGAUUUAUCCUACGUCAGACUUCAUAAAGUUUGACCAAGUAUAUAGAAAAAUAUCGACAAUCACAGUACCAAAUCAAUAUCAUUAUAUGAAUAAUGGAACUAGUUUUCAUAUUAUAUAUCUUUAAUACUGUAAAUGUUUAUAAUUUUCAAUACAAGGUUGGUCGUCAAACUUUAUAAAGUUUGGCUCAGAAUAAAACUUAUAUGCGUAGUAAAAACUUAUAUGCUGGAGGGAGUAUUAGCAGGAACCAUAACACUUCUGAUAAUCUUGCCCAGGAACCAGAGAGCGAUCAAUGAUAAAUUCCAUGUUUGAUAUAAUACCAGAGGAUUGCUGUGAGUAUUAGAUCAUUGCUCUUCGAUUUCACGUGGGAAUCAUGUACAUUUCUGUUUAUUCUGUGGGUGGUGUGCACGAGAACGACGGCCUCUCACUGAUCCAAGAGGCUGGAGUAGAGCGGACAGGUUUGGACGUGGUCCUUUCAUCAUGUUUAGUGUUUCCAGCCCAGAGCCCAGUGAUAGACUCAUCGUGUCCUUGCAGCAUGUCAUCAUACCAUGUUCGUUAUAGGAUGUUACAGCUUAGUUUGUUGAGGUUGAUGCAAUGUGUA